AUGUCCAAAUACUCCUCCCAAACAGUUGCUCAAUUAAAGGAGCUACUUAAGGCUAAAGGCCUUUCCACCAAUGGUGUGAAAAGUGACUUGGUGGCUCGUCUUGAAGAAGCUGACAGCAGUGAAGAAGGCAAAGAGGAACCAGUUGCCACUAUCGCGUCUGAAAGUGCUGAUGCUGCCAAGGUUGAAAGCGCUGCUGAAGAAGCUAACUCUGAAAAACCAAAGCAAGAUGUUACCAGCGAAGAAAAGCCGGAAGAAGGUGCUAAAGUUACAACUGCGGGUGACUACACCAUCAUUCACCCAAGUAAAGAUGCUCCAAAGGAAGAAGAAGAAAAAGAAGAAAAAGUAGUAGAAGAAGAAAAACCAAAGGAAUUGAGUCCUGAGGAGUUGAAAUCAGCUGCUGUUGAAUUGUUGAAUAAGAAAAUCGAGCGUGAAAAGAAAUUUGGUGGGGAAAACUCAGAAACUACCAUCAAAGACCUUGAAAAAUCUCUUGCCAGAAUUGAAAAAUUCGGUAUCACUCCAGAAUCUGUUUUGGCAAAAGAAAUUGGCCUUGCUACCGGAACUAGAAGUUUGGGUGCUAAGACUGAUAGAGUUCAAAAACCGUUCAAGGAAAAAUUCCACGGCAGAAGAUAUAGUAACAAGGGGAGAAAGCCUUUCAACAGACGUCGUUAA